GGUGCGCAGUAUGGGGACCGCUGGUCGGGACCCAGUGAGCGCGGGACUACAAUUCCCAACGGAUCGUAGCACCCUGCGCCCCGCCAACAGGUAGUCGGUGGUUCGCUCCGUCCUCCCGCGGGCGCGCACACGCGUCGGGCGGUGGCGGGAUUCCGCCGCGUGCGCUUUCCCGCCUUGCCUCGCGUCGCCUUGCCCAGUGCUAGCCACGCCUCGGGCUGGCCGUUGGGCGUCGCCUAUCGUCCUGUGCUCGCUUCGUCGCGGCUCCGCGCGCCCCACCUUCUCGCUAGUUUCUUCUAGAGCCCAGGCUCCGCCCGUUUCCCGCUUCCAGGGCCCGGUUUGCUCCCGCCCCCCACCCGUCCCUCUCCUCUGCGCCCCUACUGCUUCUGCUUUGAAGGCGGAGGCUCCAUGUUGUCCCCUCAGCGAGUGGCAGCAGCUGCCUCGAGAGGAGCAGGUGAUGCCAUGGAGAGCGGCAAGCCUGAACCAGUGCAAGUUGUUUUGGUUCAGAAAGAACAACAUUCCUUUGAGCUAGAUGAGAAAGCCUUGGCCAGCAUCCUCUUGCAGGACCACAUCCGAGAUCUUGAUGUGGUGGUGGUUUCAGUGGCUGGUGCCUUCCGAAAGGGCAAGUCUUUCAUUCUGGAUUUUAUGCUACGAUACUUAUAUUCUCAGAAGGAAAGUGGCCGUUCAAAUUGGUUGGGUGACCCAGAAGAACCGUUAACAGGAUUUUCAUGGAGAGGGGGUUCUGAUCCAGAAACCACUGGGAUUCAGAUCUGGAGUGAAGUUUUCACUGUGGUGAAGCCAGGUGGGGAGAAGGUUGCAGUUGUUCUGAUGGAUACCCAGGGGGCAUUUGACAGCCAGUCAACUGUGAAAGACUGUGCUACCAUCUUUGCUCUAAGCACUAUGACUAGUUCUGUUCAGAUUUAUAAUUUAUCCCAGAACAUUCAGGAAGAUGAUCUUCAACAGCUACAGCUCUUCACAGAAUAUGGUCGUCUGGCAAUGGAUGAAAUUUUCCAAAAGCCCUUCCAGACACUGAUGUUUUUGGUUAGAGAUUGGAGUUUCCCUUAUGAAUACGGCUAUGGACUACAAGGAGGAAUGGCAUUUUUGGAUAAGCGUUUACAGGUGAAGGAACAUCAACAUGAAGAAAUUCAGAAUGUUCGAAAUCACAUUCACUCAUGUUUCUCGGAUGUCACCUGCUUUCUCUUACCGCAUCCAGGACUCCAGGUGGCCACAAGCCCUGACUUUGAUGGGAAAUUAAAAGAUAUUGCUGGUGAAUUCAAAGAACAGUUACAGGUACUGAUACCGUAUGUAUUAAACCCAUCUAAGUUAAUGGAAAAGGAGAUCAAUGGCUCAAAGGUCACCUGUCGGGGACUAUUGGAGUAUUUUAAGGCAUAUAUUAAAAUUUAUCAAGGAGAAGAUCUGCCUCACCCCAAGUCCAUGCUUCAGGCCACUGCUGAAGCCAACAACCUAGCAGCUGCAGCCUCUGCCAAGGACGUUUAUUAUAACAACAUGGAAGAGGUUUGUGGGGGAGAGAAACCUUAUUUAUCUCCAGAUAUUCUAGAGGAGAAGCACUGUGAAUUCAAACAACUUGCUCUGGACCAUUUUAAGAAGACCAAGAAGAUGGGUGGGAAGGAUUUCAGCUUUCGUUACCAGCAGGAGCUGGAGGAGGAAAUCAAGGAAUUAUAUGAGAAUUUCUGCAAGCACAAUGGUAGCAAGAACGUCUUCAGCACCUUCCGAACCCCUGCAGUGCUGUUCACGGGCAUUGUGGCUUUGUAUAUAGCCUCAGGCCUCACUGGCUUCAUAGGUCUUGGGGUUGUAGCCCAGCUGUUCAACUGUAUGGUUGGACUGCUGUUAAUAGCGCUCCUCACCUGGGGCUACAUUAGGUAUUCUGGUCAAUAUCGUGAGCUGGGCGGAGCUAUUGAUUUUGGUGCUGCAUAUGUGUUGGAGCAGGCGUCUUCUCAUAUUGGUAAUUCCACUCAGGCUGCCGUGAGGGAUGCAGUUGUUGGAAGACCACCUGUGGAUAAAAAGUCUCAAUAGCGUCUUAACAUGAAGUUCAAACAAGGACACAACCAGCCCCUUCUGAUUUCUGGGUUCCUCCCACGGCCACAGGUUCAUAUCCAGAGGAAUGGCAAAUCUGAGACCAUCCAGGAAGAGCUAAAACAUGGCACUGUAAUAAAUGAGCAGACCUCUCCUGUGGUUUCAAAUUAUUAAAUGCCCUUCCAUUUCUGUUGGAAGCAUUUCUUUUCCUUGCUGUUAUAGAUGCAAGCCUGUGUCUAUUUUCAUAAUACUCUGCUUUGUGCACUUUAUGGGGGAGGAAGCUAUAGGAAAAAUAGAAAUGAAGCUCUUAAGUUCUUUAUGUGCCACUUAGUGCCUUUUAAGAUUGAUUCCAUGGUUUGGCAGACACAAUGGGGAGGGGAUGGAGGAUAACCUCAUGAAAGAUGCCAUAGAUGGCAUUUUGGGGUGAAACUUGUCAUUUCUUUUAUAGUUUACUCUUUUGAGAAGGAUUCCUUUUUUUUUUUUUGAGGCAGAGUCUUGACCUGUUGCCAGGCUGGAGUGCAGUGGCAUGAUCUUGGCUCACUGCAACCUCCACCUCCUGGGUCCAAGUGAUUCUCCCGCCUCAGCCUCCCGAAAUCAGUUUUCAUUCUUUCACUGGGAAAUCUUUCUGUAAGAUUGGCUUGUAGAUGAAAUGAGACAAACUACUAUGUAUGAUGAGAAAACACCUUCAGAGUCAUGCCUUAUUUAUUUUAUUUUAUUUUUUGAGACAGAGGUCUUGUUCUGUCACCCAGGUUGGAGUGCAGUGGUGCAAUCUUGGC